AUGGGAAAAGGGAAGGCAACCUUAAAGGUGCGCGGAGGACGCACAAUUGCCGAAGGGAAGCUGUACAAUGGAUUAUAUCUAUUGGAGAGUCGGGAAAAAAUACAGUCAGUAACAAAAGUAAACACUGCCCAAGAAGAGCAACCCAGAGAUUGGCUUACCUGGCACAAACACUAUGGACAUGUAGCUUUCAGCGGCCUUAAAAGGCUACAAAAAGAAAGAUUAGUGGAAGGUUUAAAUAUUGAUGAAAACUCAUCCAUACCACAAUGCGAAGCCUGUAUACAGGCAAAACAAACAUGCGACUCAUUUCCGCGAAAUUCAGAUAGUCGUUCCGGAGCACUCGGAGAACUCACACACAGUGAUGUGUGGGGACCGGCGAGGGUACAGUCAGUUGGUGGGUCGAAAUAUUAUAUCUCAUUUAUUGAUGAC